AAGUAUGCUGGGGCUCAGCACAAGGAGGGAGUGGAUAAAUGUGAGGGAAUUACAGAGGGAGAAUUGACAGGCCUUGAUGACAGAUUUGACAGAGGAAGUGAAGGAGAGCGAAGAGUCAGGGCAACUUUGAAGUUUCCAGAUUGGGGAUUAGACGUUUGCUGAUGCCUUUGAUAAAGACAAAAGAUGCGUUGAUGUUGAAUAUUUGAGUGUGAGGGGCUUGUGAGAUGUUCCCAGAGGAUAUGUUGAGGAGGUAGCCUGUACUGGACAUCUGGAGCUCCAGAGAGAGGGCUGGCCCACAGGGGGCACUCGGGAGUUGGGGUGUUGGGGGAGCGCUCCAUGCUCCGUGGGGGUGGGGUGGAUAAUGAUGGGAAGCAGGGUCCGGUCCUCCAGUGAGGAGGCAAAAAUAGGAAGAAUCAGUGAGGGAGACAAAGGAGCAGCCGUCUGGAAGGGGCGAGUGAAACAGCCGCCUGGGAGGGGCCGGGGAGGACAACGAGAAGAAGACGCCUUCUUUGGCAGUGAGGAGGUAGCUGGAGCCUGCGGUCCUCGCGAGGCGGUGGGCGCGGAGCGGAGGCCGGAUCCCAGAGGCUGCAUCCUCCCGUCGCUUUUGGCAGCCACCCGCCUCCCAGGAACAUCCUGCUUCCCACCAGCUCCCCAACAAGCAAAAAAAUGAUGUCUGCUGGCCGGCUGCGGGGCAGUGGGCCAGGGCGUGUGAACGCGGUGCAAGCUGGUCAGCACCCUGGAGAGCGGCCGGGGGCGGGGCCUGCGGUGGGGCGGGGCUUCGCCGUAAUCUCACGGGGCCUUUGAUUCCUGCACUGGCUGGUUUUGCAGGCCGGUUCGAGGUGGAGGAGUGAAGAGCAGGCCUGGACAGUCUCAGGCCUUCUCUCUUUUCGGCACCUGCCCCCUCCCGACACUGCCUUGCAGGAACCCUACCCCAGCAUUUGGGGCUGUUAACUCCCUUGGCGCCAUCAAUUCAGUCUCUUUAGGGGAGGGAAGGGGAGAGUGCACUAUGUACCAGGAACUUUAUGGACAUUACCCAAACCUCACAACUCUUUGAGUUUGGAGCUUGUCACCCAUCUUUCAGAUGAGAACACUAAAUUGAAGUUCAGAGAGGUGAAAUAACUUGCCCAGAGCACAUGGCAGAGCUGGGAUUUGAACUUAUACCUGCCUGGCUCUAAGUCCUGGAGUGCGCAUAGUCCUGGAUCUUGCACCUCAUUCCUACAGACUCCUUACUUCCGGGGCCACUGUAGAGGCUGGUGUGCUGGUGUGGCAGUGGGGUGGGCAGGAGGCUCUACCUCCCCGCCUGACUUGCUUGAGCAUAAUCCUGGGAGAUUUUUGAAGAUGAGACCUCUACCAUCAUUUCCAGAGCAGGAGAGGAGAAAGAAGGCUGAGAGGCAAGUAAGGCCUCAAUGCACCUGCUCCCCUCCACACCCAGGAGGCACCCUCCUUUGAAUCCUCUGACUCAGCUUCUGACCGCCAGGCUCCUCAGGGCAUGAAAGGGAGCUGUGAAAGGCCAAAACUGGACGUGGUCCAGGGCCUUGGCUUUCUGAGCCCGUGGAAUGCCUUCCCAGCUAGCAGGCAUGGAGGGGCAAGGUCCUAGGCAUGGGCCAGGUUGAGGAAACAGUUUGCCCAGAGCUUUCAGAGAUCUAAAAUUCCACCUUCUGAGGCCACAGUGGGAAGCAAAGCCUCCCUCACAUUUUCUUUCCUAACGCUUCCUAAGUCACAGACAACUGCUUUCUGUAGCCCUCGGCCUGGGCAGGCCUCCUGCACAAGCUCGGUCAUUCCUGUCCACCCCCAUCCCUGGACGCACCCACACCCCUCAGCAGGGUCAGGUUUCCACUCAGCCUCGUGGGCUUUUCUGCCUGGAGCUCGGUGUGUGCUGCAGGGGUUACUCCCCGUCACAGCUCAGAGAGCUGGGGUUACUGGUGAGGGUUAUGUGUAGCUCCUCUAUCCUGGAAUACACCCCCUUUUCCUGGGGUGUAUACACCCCUCUUUGCCUUAAAAAACCCAGCUGAUAUCCUCUCUUCUGGAAAUGCUUGCCAACCACUGGGCUCCCUCUGGGCACCACAGACCCUGUGCUCCCCUCUGUCACACAGCAAGUACCCCCUUCCCCUUGCCUGGGUGCUGUUCCCAGGCAAGGCACCGUUGAGUCAUAUCUGAUGAAGUUGGCCAGUGGUAGAUGUUCCUGAAUGAAUGAUUGAAUGAAUGAGGAAGUUAGUGGUGGAACCAGGACUUGAACCCCCAUCUCCUGCCUCCAGGUGUGGAGCUUUCUCUCCUCUGUCCAACAGGAGCUUUGCUGAGGCAGUUCCCUACCUGUCCCAUUGCCUAAAAUGCCCCUAUUCCAUUAGGUUAACGCUUCCUCCUCAGGAGUCAGGAGUCUGUCUGCCCUCAGGGACAUGGCAGAGGUGAAGCAGGCCCUCCCCUAUGCCUAUAGUCUGUGGACAGUGAAGCCAUGUGGGGCAUGCUGUGGCCUGGGUGCCACAACUCCUAGUAGAAUUCCAUGCUCAUGCAUCAGCUCCCACAGUGUCCGAGCUAAAUAGAGCCCCCAAGAGGUGGACUCUGUGAUGAGGCUUUGAGUCCAAAGACCAUCAGCAAAAGCCCCCUGAGCCUCCUGUGUACCCAGCUCCAUGCUGAGGAUGCACCCUAGGACAUGAUACAAUCCCAGCAAGGGAAGCCAGAGAAUCCAGUUCUGCCAGGAAGCCCUGUGGCCCUUCCAUACUUGAGGAGGGCAUGGGGGUGUCGCCUUGCCCUGAGGGUCUGGGUUCUGUCUACCUGCCCCUCAUACCUAGAUCCCAUCCUAGCUCACAAGCAUUGAAAAUGCCUCAAAAUCCCUUAUCCUCACAUUUCUCUCUCUGGGAUCCUCCAUCAGCUUUCUCCCUCUCUCUCUCUCUCUCUCUCUCUCUCUCUCUCUCUCUCUCUCCAUUUCCAUGUCUUUUCCCCCCCGUCUUUGUUCCUCUGUGUGUGUGUUUUCCCUAUAACUCUGAUCUUUUGUAUUUCCAACUUGAUCUCUAUGGGGCUUUGAUCCCUCGCUCCUCUCCUUCAUGUGUUUCUCUACCCCUUCCUGUCUCUGUUUCUCUCAGUCUCUCCCUCUGUGUGUGAGUCUUUCUUUUCCUCUCUCCCAGCCGGAGCCUCCAUCUACCCCUCCCUCCCUCUCUCCCUCUGUCUGGGCCUCUCUGUUCCUCCUCCCUCCUCCCUCCCCUUUCUGCAUUACCAGACCUGCUCCAACCUCCUCCCAGAGUAAGCCUAGCGGCAGAGGCAGUGGCAGCCAGAGAAGCAGGAGCAGCCAGGGCAGCAGGGCUGGAUUGGGGUGUUGAGUCCCGGCUGAGCCGGGGACAGGCCGCUGCUCUCGGUCCCCGUGCCUGCUGGGCCAGGCGCCCUGCCUGGAACCCCGGGCAGGGUGGACAGGGCGAGGUGCCACUUUAGUCUGGCUGGGGAGGCAGAUGAUGAGGAGCGAUGGGGCAGGCAUGCGGCCACUCCAUCCUCUGCAGGAGCCAGCAGUACCCGGCAGCGCGACCGGCUGAGCCGUGAGUACUGUCGAGGGGCUGGGGUCCGGGUGAGUGGCUGCAGGAGGAGCCACGGACAGGGUCCUGGGAGUCCCUCCAGGGGGCUGGGGUUGGCGUAGAGCUGAGCCACGUGGUUGGAUCGAUCCUGCUCCAGGGCACCCUGUUGCUGGACUAUAGCAUAGAGGGGGUUCUCUGUGCAGGGCGGGGUUGCCUGACAUCAACCUAGGGCGUGUUGGGGCUGGGGUCCCAUAGAAGGGGAUGGUGGCUACGGGAGGGCUUGAUAAUGAAUGUGAACCAUCCCUUCAGGGGCUGGGGGUGGGGGAGGUCUGUGUGUGUGUGUGUGUGUGUGUGUGUGUGUGUGUGUGUGUUUCCAAGGAGCCCUGGAGUCUGAUAGACUUAAUUCAGGACUCUGGAGAGGGAUGAUGUCCCAGACCAGCGUGUGUGUGUGUGUGUGUGUGUGUGUGUGUGUGUGUGUGUGUGUGUGUAGAGAGAGAACAUGAAUUAUGAAUGAGUGGCCCUGGAGCAGGAGAGGGUCUGGGGCAACUGCUCUCCAUGGAAUGAGGAUUGGGAUUCAGAGCUGGCAAUUUAGGCAACUUUGUCCCCGAAGCCCCUGUCCCAGAGAGAGUCAUGGGGCUGGCUGGGAUGUGGCUCCUGUGCACCAGCCUCGUGAGCACCCACAUGCAGCGAGAUGCACGUGCAGGUGAGUGGAGGGGAUUCUGUGGAGAUGCCCUUCCACCAUCUGAGGGCUGCCGAGGUAGCAGGCAAGUGACAUGUGUCUCCAAGUCAGUGGCGGUGCAGGUCUAUGCCAGGCUAUGUGUGUGUGUGUGUGCGUGUGUGCAUACAUGUGGCGGGUACAAGGGACAUGUGGGGUGUAGAGGAGCAUGUAGAGUUCUGGGGUCCUUGGUGGUUGGAUGUGCAGCAGCCUGUCAGGGUGUGUGAGCAUCCCGGUGUGACUCUCAGAGUUUUUGUGAGAGUAUGUGUGCAGGGGUGUGUGUGUGUAUGCAUGUGUGUGUGUUUGAAUUUGUAUAUUGGCAUGCAUGUUAAUGUGUGCUGUGUCUGCAAAAUAGAGUGACUCAAUAUUGAGCAUGUUGUCUGAUUCCAUGUGUAUUCAUGUUGGUGUGUGUUUGUUAGUGUGUGAAUAUUAAUACUACCGUGUGUGUGUGUGUGUGUAUACGUGGGUGUCUGUAUUAGCAUGUGUUCCAGUGUGGGUGUGAUCAUGGUGCUAGUGUGCAUGAGUGUGUAUGUUGGUGCUUGUGUGGCUGGUGUGUGUGUGUGUCUAUGUGUUCAUCUGAGUGUGUGUGAGUGGCUGUUUCCUUCCCCUGGUGGUUGAGGACACAGCUGGGACACUGGCCCACCGAGGCCGGGUGGGGGUGGAUGAAUGUGUGACCACCUCCAUGAGCUCAGGACAAUUCAUUCUACACCCUGUGGGGAGAUCCAGAAAAGAAAUAGGCAAUAAUGGCUCUGCUCUCUGGGGCCUCCUAAGCUUCCUAACAUAAAAUAGCUUGAAAAUAAUUAAGCAGUAAAGACCAAGAUCAAGCUAAGAGGUGGGGGUGGGGCGUGGCCACAGAAUAAGCAAAGGCCCUGGGCUGGGAUGGGGCGUGUGCCUGGAGCAAUGAGGACGCUGGAGGGGUAGGCAGGAAACGCAUCGUGUGGGGCUUUGAACUCCAGGCUUCUUGGGCUUUAUCCUGAGGGCCCUGGGGAGUCCAGAAGGGUUUUGUGCAACAGAGGGACAUGAUCAGAUUUGGGAUUUAGAAAGCUGCCUCAAUGGCACUGUCAAGGUUAAACUGGAAGGGAAGGGUGGGAGCCAGGAGGCCAGUGUGGAGGCUAAACCAGUGUGGGUAUCAGUGAGGUCUGGGGCCACGUGGGCCAAGGGGCAGAUGAGACCAGGGCUUUCUGAAGGGAGAGGUUGGAGGGCUUGGGAAAGAGGAUGGGGAAGGGGAGCAUGGGAGUGGCUCAGGCUUGGGCCAGGGUUGGGGGGGGGGUGCAGUGGCGUGACCUCAGAGGGUCCAGAUGUGGGGAAGGAAAAGCUCUUGGAAGGCUCAGACAUGGAAGGUAGUGAAGGGACCCUGGUAGAGUUUCUAGCCAGGGUGCAGAGGGUCUGAGACUGUGGAGCCAUCUCUUCCCAGACAGGGAAACCAAAGCUGUGGCAUUGUCGCUCUCCUCCAGCUGCGAGGCUCGUGCUGAGUCUCAGUCCUCUUCCCUUCGGGCCUGCACAGGCCCUCUUGGUUGCCUGAGCUGGAUGGCUCCAUGAGGGUUAACUGCCUUUAUGCUCCUGCACCCCCCAGCUCCCCCUGCCCACCAAACAGCUCCUGGCUCUGUUCCUGCUUCCCACUCCAGCCUCUUGUCCCUGGGGAUUACUGAUGGCUUGGCUGGGAUCUGGCCAAAUGGGGGAGGCAGAACUCCCAGCAAUACCUCCUUUCGGUCUUAAUGGACUGGGGGUCUCACCCUCAGCUACGCUGCUGUCACAUCCAGCCUGCACUCCUCGGGCUUCUGCUGCUUCGGCCUCUCCAAUCUACCCACUCAGUGUGCUUCCAUUCCUGCAUCUGAUCAUUCAUUCGUUGAUUCCUUUACUCAACAGAGAUCCCCCAAUGCCUGUUUGGUGCCCGCUGGCUUGGCCUCUGAAGACACAGAGAGGACCCUGACUCAGACCCUGCUCUCAGGGAGUGCCCAGUCUGAUGAGGAAGGCAGCAGUGGCAACGCAGUGGAGAGUGCUGGGCAGAGAGAAGCUGUGGGAGUGGGGGCCUGCACUAAGCCAGGGCUGCCCAAGAAGAGACAUUUGAGCUGGAUCUUGAGGGAUGGAUAAGAAUUGCCCAGGCAGGGAAGGGCAGAGGAAAAAGCCUGUAAAAGUGGGUAGAUGUGAGAAAGCACAGUGUGUUCGAGGGGCAAAGAGAGUUUGGGUUGGCAGGAGUGAGAAGGGAGUUGAGAAGAGGAAGAGAGGCAGAAGGGGCCAGAUUCUGUAGGGUCUCAGGUGCAAGGCUAAGGGGCUUGUAGGGGCUUGGAUUUUCCUCAUAAAAUUAGGGAGCUAGGGAAAGGCUUCUGCAUAGGAAACCUCCCCUAGGAAGCCCUCCCUUGGUUCCCCGUUCCCUCUGAUCCCAUCACCCACCCUGAAGUCUUUCUCCCUGAUGGUACAGGGUCAGGAAUGCAGCCCCGAUUCAGCCUUCCCCUGUGAUGUCCCCUGUGUGUGAGCUCCUUACCCAGCCAGCCAAGGAGUUCCUCAAAGGCAGGAGCCACCUCCUUGUGCUUCCCCACCCCACUCACAGCACAGGGCUGGGCACCAAGGCUCAGUCAGUGCAGCCUCCAAGGCAGAGAGGACAUGAAGAGCAUCUGGGCCACCUUCUAGCAGUUACUUCACUCCUCUCUACAGCUUGGCCGCAGAUCUAUCCAGCCCUGCUUACAUACUCCCAGGGGAAGCAUGCUCAUCCCUUCCCUCUUGGGCAGCCCUUCCCUUGUAGGCCCAGCUACUCCAGGCUGCCUGGCCUUGUGUCAUUUCUCCAUCCUGGGUCACUGUCCUUCUUCCCAAGCAGGGCCAGGCUGGGGCAUAGUGGUUCAGUAGUGCUAUGAGAGAUCAGUGGUCUUUAUUCCAACUACAGAUGGUAAAACAGAUUGAGCAGUCCCUGCGCCCUCUCCAAAAAUAAAGAUAAAGAAGCAGGCAUGGCCAGAGUAGGGAAUGGGGAUAGACAAUGAGGAGGAUGUCCUACCGGCACAGAGGGUCUAUGGAAUCUCCUGGCUUCACAAGAGCGGGAUGUGGGCAUGAGGGGAAGUUUCCCAGGACAGGAGGGGGAGUUGGAGGCAGAGACACUAUUAGCCCCACCCCUCCUGCAGGUGAGUGAUGUCAUCCAGGGAGAGGGGGACUGGAGGGGCUCAGAUAGACAGGGGAGGGGCCUCAGGAUUCCUUCCUUCCUUCUUUCAGCAGCCAUUCAAUGGAUUGCUGCCCUACCAAACGUGGCAGCUCUUCAGGGAGAGGGACAGAGCCAGUGACCACUUGGAGGGAAGCCUGUGGUCUUUCCUACCUCUGCCAGUGUCAGACAAAGGAAUUUAGGAGGAGGGGCCUUGGGGCUGGCCUUAAAAGGAAGAGUCACUUCUCCCGGCAGAACUGAGAGACAGCUCCAGGAAGAGGGAAUGCCACAUAAAAAGGCCUUGAGGCGGGGCCAGCAGGUCUUCCUCAAGCCGGACGAGCCGCCGCCGCCGCAGCCAUGCGCCGACAGCCUGCAGCCAGCCGGGACCUCCUUGCACAGGAGCCAGUGCCCCCAGGGAGUAGAGACGGCACACUGCAGGAUGCUUUGCUGAGCCUGGGCUCCGUCAUCGACAUUGCAGGCUUGCAAUGGGCUGUCAAAGAGGCCCUGUCAGCUGUGCUGCCCAGAGUGGAGACUGUCUACACCUACCUGCUGGAUGGGGAAUCCCGGCUGGUGUGUGAGGAGCCCCCCCAUGAGCUGCCCCAGGAGGGGAAAGUACGAGAGGCUGUGAUCUCCCGGAAGCGGCUGGGCUGCAAUGGACUGGGCCCCUCGGACAUGCCUGGGAAGCCCUUGGCCAGGCUGGUGGCUCCACUGGCUCCUGACACCCAAGUGCUGGUCAUACCGCUGGUGGACAAGGAGGCCGGGGCUGUGGCAGCAGUCAUCUUGGUGCACUGUGGUCAUCUGAGUGACAGUGAGGAGUGGAGCCUGCAAGCCGUGGAGAAGCAUACCCUGGUGGCCCUGAAGAGGGUCCAGGCCCUGCAGCAGCGCGGGCCCAGCGCGGCCCCGGAAGCGGUCCAGAAUACUCCAGAGGGGGCGGCGGGAGACCAGAAGGGUGGGGUUCCGUACACAGACCAAGACCGAAAGAUCCUGCAGCUUUGCGGGGAACUCUACGACCUGGAUGCCUCUUCCUUGCAGCUCAAAGUCCUCCAAUACCUGCAGCAGGAGACCCAGGCGUCCCGCUGCUGCCUCCUGCUGGUAUCUGAGGACAGUCUCCAGCUUUCCUGUAAGGUGAUUGGAGAUAAAGUGCUGGAGGAAGAAAUCAGCUUUCCGUUGACGAUGGGACGACUGGGCCAGGUGGUGGAAGACAAGAAGUCUAUCCAGCUGAAAGAUCUCACCUCUGAGGAUGUGCAACAGCUGCAAAGCAUGUUGGGCUUCGAGGUGCAGGCCAUGCUCUGUAUCCCUGUCAUCAGCCGGGCCACUGACCAGGUGGUGGCCUUGGCCUGCACCUUCAACAAGCUCGGAGGAGACUUAUUCACAGACCAGGAUGAGCGUGUGAUCCAGCACUGCUUUCACUACACCAGCACGGUCCUCACCAGCACCCUGGCCUUCCAGAAGGAGCAGAAGCUCAAGUGUGAGUGCCAGGCUCUUCUCCAAGUGGCAAAGAACCUCUUCACUCACCUGGAUGACGUCUCUGUGCUGCUCCAGGAGAUCAUCACAGAGGCCAGAAACCUCAGCAAUGCUGAGAUAUGCUCUGUGUUCCUGCUGGAUCAGAACGAGCUGGUGGCCAAGGUGUUCGAUGGGGGCGUGGUGGAUGAUGAGAGCUAUGAGAUCCGCAUCCCGGCCGACCAGGGCAUCGCGGGCCACGUGGCGACCACGGGCCAGAUUCUGAACAUCCCGGACGCGUACGCACACCCACUUUUCUACCGCGGUGUGGACGACAGCACCGGCUUCCGGACGCGCAACAUUCUCUGCUUUCCCAUCAAGAACGAGAACAAGGAGGUCAUCGGUGUGGCCGAGCUGGUAAAUAAGAUCAACGGACCAUGGUUCAGCAAGUUUGACGAGGAUCUGGCGACAGCCUUCUCCAUCUACUGUGGCAUCAGCAUCGCACAUUCCCUCCUAUACAAGAAAGUGAAUGAGGCCCAGUAUCGCAGCCACCUGGCCAACGAGAUGAUGAUGUACCACAUGAAGGUCUCUGAUGAUGAAUACACCAAACUUCUCCAUGAUGGGAUCCAGCCUGUGGCUGCCAUUGACUCCAAUUUUGCCUGUUUCACCUACACUCCUCGCUCUCUGCCCGAGGAUGACACCUCCAUGGCCAUCCUCAGCAUGCUGCAGGACAUGAAUUUCAUCAAUAACUACAAAAUUGACUGCCCGACGCUGGCCCGGUUCUGUUUGAUGGUGAAGAAGGGCUACCGGGAUCCACCCUACCACAACUGGAUGCACGCCUUUUCUGUCUCCCACUUCUGCUACCUGCUCUACAAGAACCUGGAGCUCGCCAACUACCUCGAGGACAUGGAGAUCUUUGCCUUGUUUAUUUCCUGCAUGUGUCACGACCUGGACCACAGAGGCACAAACAACUCCUUCCAGGUGGCCUCGAAAUCUGUGCUGGCCGCGCUCUACAGCUCAGAAGGUUCUGUCAUGGAGAGGCACCACUUCGCUCAGGCCAUCGCUAUCCUCAACACCCACGGUUGCAACAUCUUUGACCACUUCUCCCGGAAGGACUAUCAGCGCAUGCUGGACCUGAUGCGGGACAUCAUCUUGGCCACAGACCUGGCCCACCACCUCCGCAUCUUCAAGGAUCUCCAAAAGAUGGCCGAAGUGGGCUAUGACCGAACCAACAAGCAGCAUCACAGCCUCCUUCUCUGCCUCCUUAUGACCUCCUGUGACCUCUCUGACCAGACCAAGGGCUGGAAGACAACGAGGAAGAUUGCAGAGCUGAUCUACAAAGAGUUCUUUUCCCAAGGAGACUUGGAGAAGGCCAUGGGCAACAGGCCGAUGGAGAUGAUGGACCGUGAGAAGGCCUACAUCCCCGAGCUGCAGAUCAGCUUCAUGGAGCACAUCGCAAUGCCCAUCUACAAGCUGCUGCAGGACCUGUUCCCCAAAGCAGCAGAGCUGUAUGAACGUGUGGCCUCUAAUCGUGAGCACUGGACCAAAGUGUCGCACAAGUUCACCAUCCGCGGCCUCCCAAGCAACAACUCGCUGGACUUCCUGGACGAGGAGUACGAGGUGCCUGACCUGGAUGGUGCUGGGGCCCCCAUCAAUGGCUGUUGCAGCCUCGAUGCUGAGUGAGUCCCUCCUGGGACUCCUCUUCACCCAGGCCUCCUCCCACAACUCUCCACUGGCCUGGCCACAUGCCCUGGGACCAGAGCCACGGGUCCUGGGUUCUAGACCAGGACUUCCCAUGUGACCCCGGGCAAGGCCGAGCUUCCACGGCCUCAGCUUUCUCGUCUGUAUAAUGGAAGACUUCCAGCCUCACCAGGACUUUAUUUGUCCUCUGAGAGCACGGGGAUGACAAUGAACAGUGCGCCCUGCUCUGCAUCUCUGACCACACCUUGGCAAGUGCCCCCCCUCAGGCCACUCUUCCGAGGCAGCCUGGAUGGUUCUCCUGGGCCCCAUUUCUGCCCCACCAGAUCUGUGCCCUUUUCCUCUGAGGACACCCCCUGCCCCCCAGGAUCCUCACGCAAGAAGGUGAGACAUCUGAGUGGGCAGAGUGUGGGUCUUAGAGACAGUCAUCAGCUUGGCUGGAGGACUAGAAAUAGCGAUGGGGCCACAGGUGGCCCUGAGGACUGCCACUGUACUUAUAGUGGAGACUGGGACCUGGGGAGAUGAAGGGGUCCCAUAAGGAAGCUGCCAGGGGGGCAGCUCAGUGCUCUGGGAGAGGGGGCUCAGGAAGAAAGCAGGAUAAGAACAGUGGGCAGGAAGGAUCCCUGGGCUGGGAGGCAGGCGCAUCAUGGGUCAGCAGUGCUUCAUCCUGGCUGUCCCUGGGCAAGUCCCUUCCCCUAUCUGGAUGAAACAGGAGGGUGAGACAAUCCAUUCUGUAAGACCCCUUUUAGAUCAAAGUCCCCAUAGCUCUGUGGAGUCGCAGGAGAGGCCAUGGAGUGUCCCUGGACCCCUGGGGCAGAGAGCCGACACUGAGUCCCUCAGUGGCCUCCUGAGUGCACCCCCUUAGCCCGAGCCCCUCCUGCAUUCCUGCAGCCAGAGGGGAACCCGGCCUCAGCCCUGGUAGGGCUUGUCUCCUCUUCAAGGCCAUAUCCACCUGUGCCCCGGGGCUAGGGAGACCCAAUAGGGCUGGGCCUCUGGGGUCAUCCCGGCUGCAGGUUCCUCCUUUCUCUGUUUUGUUCAGUACAGUGUUGUGGGCUGGGGGGAGGGGGCCACCUGCCUUACCUAUUCUGAGCUGCCUUUAGAGAGAUGCGUUUUUCUAGGACUCUGUGCAACUGUUGUAUAUGGUCCUGUGGGCUGACGGCUUUGUACAUGAGAAUAAAUCUAUUUCUUUCUACCAA